AUGGUACAAGAUGCAAAUACCCCUGUCGGAGAAUUGCUCAGUAGGCAGGCGACUGAGCUCCAACAUCGGCCCAAACCAAUCGAAAAUACGCAGAUGAGUGUCAUCGAGGACGAAGCGUACACUAGUGCUUCGGAACAAGAUCUACAAAUUCGUUCAACUGACACAAACUUCGGCGGCGUUGAAACACUGCCUGUGACUCAUGUAGCGAACAAUAUGGCUACACUGCCUGUCCCAGAACCCAGAUACAGAAGCCGUAGCGUCAGCACCGUCACAUCAGAGCGAUCACAGGCACCGAUAGAGACACAGAUAACGAUGGACGACUUGUUACCUUCAGCAUUUCAAAGACGUCACACUGGCACUUGGUUCAGCCAUGGAAAAGUCUUUGAAAUAUCUGGUCAGCACCACGAUAGGACUAUUGCGAAACGUGGCAUGGCGGUCAUCGCCAGGUCUCGUGACAUAGUUUGUCUACCGAUCUGUAGAUACCAGCAUGUGACAAAGCAUAACACCGACUUUUGGAGGCGGCGGUUGCUGCUUCGGAAAAAGGGGACGACCAGUUUACUAUGCGCCCCUUCGGUUGAGAUGGAGAUCGGAGAGGGCUUGGAAAUCUUGGAUGAUGUAUGGAUUAACUGCGAGAAGCCAUACACAAUCCAUUACAAUGAUAUGGACGUCGCGUAUCUCGGAGACCUGACGGAAGAUGCCCUGGCGACUUUGACCAAGGUCUACUUGCAGACACAGGGCGAGAUGGUGAAAAUUCCCGAGCCGCCACGUUCGAUACAACGUAUGAUAUGGGACACCAUUAUUGGCUUCUUUGGGUUUGGGCCAAGAAAACAUCAUAUUAGUCGAGCAAGACCUGCUGCACUGUAA